CAGUAAUCUGUGGUCCGAACGCCGAAGGGCAACAAUUGGUAGAAAAUGGUAAACUUCUACUGGCAAUAAAAUUAGUGUCUUGCGCGGCGAGUGUGCGCAGAAAAAUAAAAAAAAAUAAUAGGAAAAGAAAUGGCAGUUACUAGAGAGAAAGAAAAUUGUUCAAGAAAAAUCAAUGGAAAUAUACCCGCAUUAUCUCUCAACAGUGACAAUAUGUCGACGUCGACGGACAGCGACGACGUAGCGGACCCGACGUACGAGAUCAGGAAUAUACAGAGCAUAAUAAACGUGACUCGCGAAAACAUUGAUGCGUUGAAUGCCAAAUUCGCUGGUUUCCAGCACCCGCCGUCAUUGUAUCUGUCUGAAUACCAAGAGCUGACAUCUAAGUUACACAAUUUGGAGCAGCGGGAGCGGACGCUGCGAGAGUUGCUGCAGUCAGAGUCGCCGGAUCGGAGCGAGGAGUGCUCGCUGUACGAUGACAGCAAGAAGUUUGAUACGCUCACGCGGCAGCCGAAGGUGUUCCUGCGGGCCCACCUGCCGAACCAGCAGCGCACCAGUGUGCAGGUGAAGGAAGGCGUCACGUUGCGGGACGCGCUCUCCAAAGCGCUCAAACUACGCAACCUGACGUGUGAGGUGUGCGAGGUGGUGCGGACAGGCAAUAACCAAGUGAUUCCGUGGGACGUGGACAUCACUUUGAUCGCGGCAGACGAGGUGACUGUACGCACACUGGACAAGCUGCCAAUAAUGUCUCACAUAUCGCACCAGUUCACGCGCAAGACGUUCUUCACGUUAGCAUUUUGCGAGUGCUGCCGGCGGCUGUUGUUCAACGGCUUUUACUGCUCGCAAUGCAACUUCAAGUUCCACCAGCGAUGCGCCGACAAGGUGCCCAGCACCUGUCAUCAGGUGCGGAUGACGGACACGUACUACGCGGCGCUGUUGGCACAGAACCCGGAGACGCAGGCGGGCAUCCUGCACUUCCCGCCGCACUUCGGAUAUCACCACAUGAUGGACCGCGGCGACCAGGCCAAACAGCAGCACCCGCGCUCGUUGAACCAGCAGGACCGGUCCAACUCCGCGCCCAACGUGUGCAUCAACAUGGUGCAGCGACCCAUGACGCUGGCCGACCACCAGCGCAAGUACAAUCAGAGCAAUAACUCGCCGCAGUCGACGAACUACCUGACGUCGGUGCGGCACAGCAAAGACGAGAAGGACAAGGGGAGCGACCAUCCGCACAGUCAGAGCACGCAGGCGUCUCCGACGGGCACGCUGCGGCCGCGCCGGGCGCGCGCGCGCUCCGCCGACGAGUCGUGGAAGAACGCGCUCUCGCCGCGGGAGAGCUACGACGACUGGGUCAUACCCGCCGACGAGAUACUCAUCGGCGCGCGGAUAGGUUCGGGCAGCUUUGGGACAGUAUACAAAGCUCACUGGCACGGCCCGGUCGCCGUCAAAACACUCAACGUGAAGACACCCACGCCGGCGCAACUACAGGCGUUUAAAAACGAGGUGGCGGUGCUGCGCAAGACGCGGCAUUGCAACAUCCUGCUGUUCAUGGGCUGCGUGUCGAAGCCGUCGCUGGCGAUCGUGACGCAGUGGUGCGAGGGCUCGUCGCUGUACCAGCACCUGCACGUGCUCGAGACGCCGUUCCCGAUGCUGUACCUCAUCGACGUGGCGAGGCAGACCGCGCAGGGCAUGGACUAUCUGCAUGCCAAGAAUAUUAUACACAGGGACCUGAAAUCAAAUAACAUAUUCUUGAGAGACGACUGGUCUGUGAAGAUUGGUGAUUUUGGGCUCGCCACCGCUAAGGUGCGGUGGUCAGAUUCGUCGAGUGCGGGCGGCGUGCAGUGGCAGCAGCCGACGGGCUCGAUCCUGUGGAUGGCGCCCGAGGUGAUCCGCAUGGAAGAGCCUGCGCCGUACACCUUCCACUCGGACGUGUACGCGUACGGGAUCGUGCUGUACGAGCUGAUGGCCGGCGAGCUGCCGUACGCACACCUCAACAACAAGGACCAGAUCCUAUGGAUGGUGGGUCGCGGCCUCCUCAAACCGGACUCUCGUCGCUUACGCCAGGACGCUCCCCAGCAGUUGAAGCGCACGUUCGAGGAUUGCAUAGUGUUCGAUCGCGAGUCGCGGCCGCUGUUCCGGCAGAUCCUGGCCACACUAGAGGCGAUCCUGCGGCUGAUACCGAAGAUCACGCGUAGCGCCUCUGAGCCCACCAUGAGCCGACAGCUGCACACCUCCGACGACUAUUUGAGCUACAGCUGCGCUUCGCCUAAAACACCUGUCAAUUUUCAUUUCAACACAGACACCAGCUUCCCAGCUUUUUACGGAAUACCAGUGCCUAACCAGCGGCACCCCUAGGGCUUGUUGAAGGGCUACGACUAGCCCUGCCCCGGCCCCCCGCCCCCGGGUCCCCGCUCCCCGCCCGCCGUCGCCCGCCGCCCCCGACGCUCACACACAGCGCUGCGGACAGCCAUAGUACUUACUAUUGCUACAUAGCGAACACAUUCGAGUUUCCUAUUCACGUAGAUUCGUUUGAUAUGACACGCUAUCGAUAAGUAGUGGUGUGAGUUCACGCGUUGUUUGUAAAAGCUGACGUUAUGCUCUAAAGUUAGUCACAAGUGGCGUCGUAGUUAAGUCUAAAGUGUAAGGGGGGAGUGACUAACUUCACUGAGUUAAGGUUGUUUUAGAUGGUUUUAGGAGAAACAUAUGCUUACUUACUAAAAUUACUAAAAUAAUAUAUUGAAAUACAGCCAGCAGUCACUCUGGCUGUCUUGUCUUGAAUCGAUAUUAAAAUACAAAUCCUAUGUCGUAGGCGUCAGUCAGAAACUUUCGCUACUAUAACGCUCGUCGAACCCGAAAUAAAUAUUCGCGGAUGAACAUAUUUUUCUGAGUACGUGAAACGACUCCUCGGGGUCCUCGUGUUUUACGGUCAACUCUUCAAUAAUAGUAGGUAUAUGUGACUACAUACUGUUCGGGUAAGCAACAUACUGUUUCUCUUAAAUCACCGAAAGCGGCUUUGUAGGUCCGCAGGCCAGCUGGCGUCGGCAAAUGGGGACGUUGCCUAUCGAUAUAUCGAUACCUCGCUGCCCGCGCGGUGCAAGUCUACUGUCGAACUUGAGCACUGUGGUACUAGUUGUAUGGGGUGUGUAACCGACUGAGUGAGCAGGAAUGUGACGUCAUCUCGAUACUUUGAACACUACUAUCGAAUAUUGUGAAUGUAGAAAUUAAGAGGUGCGCUGGCCAGCUUCGUGGUGGUACAAAAUAAUAUUUGGUGAGUUGAUCCUUCUUUGUUUCAUUAUUCAUCAGUAUCGUACUACCUGAACAUAAUAUUUAAAAAACUGGGCAUAUUGCAACUUCUAAAUCAAUUGAGAAAAACUUUAAAUUAUCGCAUAUUGGCUCAUUCCAAUUCCGUUUACUAUACCUACACAUUAAAAAUAAAGUGUUGUCGAAACUAUACUUUGGUUAUUCCAAUACUUUUAAUACAUAAAUAUUCAAUAUGUGGUUUAGAUUAUCUCAAAUACGUAAAUAAAUUUAAACGUACUAAUCUGUCAGUUGUAUGUAUUGAAUAUUGAUUGGUUGAGUAUGUGUCGGUCGCCACGAGGCCGCACCACAGCGUACGCGCGUAACGUGUGGCGCGCGUUACGUGCGAACUUAGCCGCUUUAUUUAUUUAUCUUUGUUUAUGAACGCUAAAUUAUUUGUAAUUGUAUUUAUUUCGCCUCGACAGCGGCUCGUUCGCGUGUAGCCUCGCUAAAUUCCUUCGAUGAAGUCCAUUUUAGAUCAUUACUAAGUGCUUAAUUGAAGCAUAAUAAUGAUUCUUUACUACUUAAGUAUCUAUCGAAUAUGAACGCCGUUUUUGUGUUAUCUUUACCUUACGCCCAUGGAUUCAUCGAAAUUUUAUCGACUGUAUUAUAAGUUAAGGAUUUUUCGAAAAAGACGCUUUAUUUGUAAAUUUGACGGUUCCAAUUUGGCGGCCCUCGUUCCCGCGCAUCCGUUCGGAUUCGCGAACUCCUUGUAAAUAUAAUGAGCAGCUGUUCCUUUCGUCCAAGCUGUAACGUCUAUCACCACUUGCGGCAUAGUUGCUAAGCCUUAUCAAGCAAAUAAUAUGUGAAUUAUAGCUACAAAUUUGUCGAAACGCAAUACACCAAUCAAAUAUAUAAAAAUCAGUUAUUUUUCAGAUGAAAAUAAUAUUUUUGUAUUAUCUCGACACAGAAUAUUUACAUUAUAGUUAUUGUGUAUGUGUUAAAAGUAUUAUUUACAAGAUAAUGUUGACCGAGAGCCGCACACGUCGCGCAUUGCGUGAUCUUAACGUGGUACAUUUAUUCUAUUCGCGUACAAUUUGAAUUUAACGUAGUUGGGGUUUCGUAAUAAUACUCGUAUCUGCGUGGAAAGUAAAUCCUAGUAAAGAUGAGGCAGCGCGCGACGUCGUCGGCUCCCGGUGUAUAGUUGUAAUCUGCUCUCGCGUCGACGCCGACGCGCAAGAUAUGUAAUUUAUUGGUAAUCAUUGUAAAUAAUUAAUUGUAAUUAAUGACAGUAGCUUAAUGAAGGAACGAUUAAGGAUCUUGUGUAUACAGUACCUAUAAUUAAUUUUAACGCAUAACUAUUGACUUUAAGAACACAAUAAAUUAUUGUUUCAUUUUAAAUUAA